UGUAUUUUCACCACGGUGAGUGUGAGAUGGAGUUGACAGUUCUGUUACUAACACUGGUUCAAAUUGUCACUGGAGAGGUAACAAUGGAUAUAUCACCAGCAAGAACAACUGCAGGAUCCCAGAUAGAAUUAGUGUGUUGGCAGCAUCAGCAAGCUUGGGAGAGUGUUUGGUAUCGUAAUGGUCAAAAUGUCCUCACUGUGAGUAAGACGAGUAGAAAUCCCUGCAAUGCAGAAUGGCAUAUUGAUACUCUGGAUAAUACGGUGGUCACUUGUCCAGGAAAUAGUGGGCAUUUCAACCUGCGCUUCCAACAGUCUACGAUUGAACUGAGUGGCACAAUAUGGGACUGCAAGAUUGGGGAAAAAGGUAGCAAUAGUGUGACCAUUGAACUGACGGGGGAACCAAACGAUCCAACCAUCUCAUCGACAUUCAACUUUCUAGUUCCCGUGAGUGUAAGCGUGGGAUGUGUCCUGUUGGCUGGAGCGAUGUCUCAUCAUAACCGUCAGAAAACGCAGUCGUCGGAGGUCGUGUGUGAAAGGUGACAUACUUAUCACAUUUCAAAACAAUUCCGUGUUGUUUUCCUGUUUUCUAAGAAAUACUUACACUUAGUGCUCGGGAAUAUAUUGAUAACAUUAAAACUAGGUUUAAUACUAUUACUGGGCAUGUCGACACAUAAAUACUAAAAUCAUACAAUUUGUAGGAAUUCCCAAGUGUUUGUUGAACACACUUCCUCAUCUGCUGUUUGCCCUUUAUCAAAACUAUUAUAGGACAACAUUUAAACUUGUGUUAACUGAGAGUUUUAUCAGUCAACUGUUGUCCACUUCAAAGUAAAAAUAUAUACAUUUUCUGUGUAUGCAUUUGUUUGUCUAAUGGCAACGAUUGACUGUAUAUAUUUGUAUGAUUCAGGAACAGCAACACCUAAUGACAGGUACAGAAGCUACACUAUGUCUUAGAUAAAUAGAAUAUUACAUGUGUGUCAGACACAUAAAAUCAUUUCCCAUUUUAAAGAACCUCUAAACAUAAGAAUCAAUGCAUGUAUAGAUGCAAAAAACGUAUUUUUCAGCAUGCGUAAUGAAUUGCAAAAUCCAUGCUUAGAACUGGAAACACAGAAUGAUAUAAACUAUACAGCCAUCAAUACUAAUUUUUGUUUUAUUCGAAGCAAUGACGAGAACACAAGAAGGAGAGAUUUAAGUUUAGUUAUACAGGAAAACGACCUUUAUGAAACAUCCAGUGGUAACAAUGCCUACGGCGUGACUGUUCCUACUGUCGACGAUGCUGUGUCGAGGAGAUCUGCAUUAGUGAUGCAAGAGAACCUGAUAUACGAACAGAGCAAUGCACAUGAAGCAGUGAUGCAAGAGAACCUGAUAUACGAACAGAGCAAUGCACAUGAAGCAGUGCAGAUAGUGGACUCAGAUGAUGUCUGCACAGAGGUUAGAAAGACAUGAAGAUGACACAAUGCUUGACACCAAGGUUAUCCACAGUGCAUCAGAAAACUGGAUGUCUUCAUGGUACUGUCCGAUUAUUAAAGCAGCCCAUGUGUUUUUAAUAUGAAAUAUUUCUUCACGACUGUUGUGUCGCUUGUAUAUAAACAUACUUAGCAUGGUCGCCUUGUCAACUUAAAUGUCAUCUGCUUGAAUUGUCCUUGAUAU